GUCAAAACAGAGAGCCAGGCCGUAAAAAUGGAGGACAUCGAGACAGAGAGAGUCGAGCCUGUCAAGAAGGAAGAGCCUGAGCCAGCGAAGCCAGCCGGGCCACAAGGGAUUCCCGGUAUUCCAACGAUCUACACGAUCUAUAAGGCUGCUGAGGACAUACAGUAUACUCCUGAGGGUUUCCUCAAGGAGGGAAUAAAAAUGGUAAAGAAUAUUAAGGCACAUGUCAACCGUCUUGAGCUUGGGAAUAAGCUUCGUAAGGAAGUUUGGUUACGCGAGAUUACAAGCCUUGAGGCGCAAUGCUCACCUAGUACCAUGAUAGCCGUGUGUGGAGCAACGGGUGCCGGCAAGUCUUCGGCGUUGAACGCGAUUCUGGAUGAUAAUAUUGUCCCAACAAGCGGAAUGCGAGCUUGCACGGCUGUGGUAACCGAGAUUUCCUACCACAAGAACAAGACUAUUGAGGCCGAUGUUUCCUUCCUCUCCGAAAAAGAAUGGAGAGAUGAACUCGAGGUCCUCUUGGAUGACCUGUUGGACGAAGACGGCCAAUUCCGGCGAACGUCUGACUUAAGGAGUGAGGCCGGGGUCGCUUGGCAUAAAGUUCAUGCACUGUACCCGACACUCACACAAGAUCGUCUUGCUACUAUUGCUCGCCGUGCUGGGCCGGAUCGUAUUGAUGCUAUCCUCAAGGUCGAUCCAAAAAUUUUGCAACUGAUGGGCAGUACGAAGAAGAUAGUAACAAAUCACUCUAGGGAGUUCUCCAAGGAAAUUGCGAAAUACAUUGACUCCAAAGACCAGAAACGGGGUGAGAAAAAGGACAAAGAAAAGAAGGAUAAUGGUCCCGCCUUGUGGCCACUUAUUCGACAGGUCAAUGUACGUUGCAACAGUCAUGCAUUGAGUACCGGGGCUAUUCUCGUGGAUCUUCCUGGAGUUGCGGAUGCGAACGCUGCACGUUCUAGUAUUGCCCGUGAUUACAUGAAGAAAGCCAACUGCAUCUGGAUUCUGGCACCAAUCACGAGAGCUGUUGAUGAUAAAACGGCCAAAGAUCUUCUCGGCGAUGCUUUCAAAUCACAGCUCAUGAUAGAUGGCAGCUUUGCUGAUGUCGAAAGCACAAUUACAUUUAUUGCCACAAAGUGUGACGAUAUCUCUUGUUCAGAGGUUAUAGGUAGCCUUUCUCUUGAGGAUGACCCAGUUCUUGAGGAGAUCGAAGAGCGGCUCAGUCAAGUUCGCAGUGACAACAAGGAAUGGAAGCAAAAGAAGACUGACGCUGAAAAAGCUGCCAAGCGCGUGACUGAGGAAUUAAAAACGAUCCGUGAAGACAUUGCUGAACACAACGAACAUCUGAAGGCUCUAGAGGAAGGAAGAACAUUCACUCCGAGAAAACCAGAAAAGAGUAAGAAAAACACCAAGAAACGUAAGAACUCUCGUGGUGGGAAAGGUGGCUCUCCAAAGCGCAGACGAGAAGAUUUCGACCUUGAGGAAGAAGAAGAGGAGGAGAUGGCUCUUGACCCAGAUGCCGACGAGGACUCUGAUCUUGACGAUUUCAUUGAUGACAGUUCUAUUAAGAAUGCUGACUCGGAUAACGAGGAUCAGUCGGGAAGUGAUGCCGACGAAGACAACAAUUCAGACAGUGAAUCGGAAGCUGCCAUCCUGGCGGUCGAAGGUUUCUCAGUCGACGACAUAAAGGCGAAGAUCGAAGAGAAGAAAGGAGAGCUCAAGAACGCGCGAGAGAGACUAUCGGAGAGUCGCAGACUCCGCAAAGAAGCGUCAGAUAUGCUUGCCAACCUGAAGGAGAAACAGGACAAGGCACAAAAAGACAAGAACGCAUUCUGUUCCUCAAAGCGAUCCGAGUUCUCCCGUGACGUGCUGAAGGAAGAUUUCCGAUGCGGUCUGAAGGAACUCGAUGACGCCGCAGAAGAAAAGCGCAAUCCGGCUGGAUUCAACCCAUCUGAUAACUUGCGCGACUACGAAAGUAUCAACUUGCCUGUAUUCACGGUUUCUUCCCGCGACUAUAUCCGAAUCACAAAGCAAGUUAGAGGAGAUGGAGAGCCGUCAUGCUUCAGCAACGUUGAGGAGACUGGCAUUCCUGAAUUGCAGCAAUGGUGCCACACUCUCACGAUAAAAUCGCGUGAAAGGUCCGCGAAGAGCUUCAGAAGCCAUUUAAAAGUAUUCGCUACUUCCAUCAAGAGCUAUAUUGACAGCUUCGAUGCAGUCAGCGAGGCCGACAGAGAAGCGCUUCGCCGGAAAUGGGACAGUGAUCUUGAAGACGACCUUUACACAAUCAACUCUGAUAGUGACGACUUGCACACGUGCGAUGAUGACGAUGACGAUGACGAUGACGAUGACGAUGACUUCGACUGGAUAUAUGAACGCGGUAGAUUGAUUAAGGUACUUAAAGCUCGGCGAAGUGAACCACGGGCGAAUGAGAUACCCAUUGCUCGCCGUAGAAACGGGCCUGGUAUCACUGGAAGGCUGUCAGAUGAAUUCCAUGAUAUCAUUGCAUCUAGCGUUCGAGGGAUGCAACAGUGGUUCAAGGACGGACUAGAGGAGAAAUGUCAGACUGGAGCAGACGCAGCAGCGAAAACUGCAACUGGGACUUCUGACACAUUCGCGGCGUCCAUGCACUGGGCAACCUACAGAGCUACAUUACGCCGCGAGGGUGUCUGGCGCAGGAAUCUCAACGAGGAGUUGCUCAAUCCCAUGACAAGGACGAUAGCAUCCUCAUGGGCGAAGACCUUCGAGAACAACCUCUUUGCCGACUUUGAAACCAAGACUUUGGCUGCAAUAUCGGAGCUGGUUGAAGAAGUUGAAAAGUCUUGCCCAGACGGACUUAGCGAUCGGGCUCAUCAUCAGGGUCAACUUUGUUCUGAAGAAGUCAAAGUGACACUAAAGACUACUAUCGAUGUUGUGAGCGAAGGCUUGACUUCCGGACAGAAAGAAGUGUCUCGCUGCCUCGAACCACAUGUUAGAGAACAAUUGUCCGAGGGCUAUUAUCGAGCAAUGGAGGAACGGGGACGCGGAAGUGUGGCUCGGCAAAAGGCCGUUUUCAGGAAUUAUGUCGACACAAACAAGGAUGACCUUUUCGAACAUGGUGCAGAUAUCAUAAUUCAGAAGCUCGACAAGGUUGCCGAGGAUGUGGGUAAGGCAUUGAAAGAAUCUAUGACUAAUCUGGCGGAGCAAGUCGAAGUGAACCUUGCCGUCCUUUGGGAGACGGCUAGCAAUAACACCCACCUUAUAAGGGAACGUGCGGAGGCUGUUGCAUGUGUCAACUCGAUCCUCCAGCAACUGACCCUUUGGGAGAUUGCUAACGCGCUCAGGAAAGGUUUGAUAGACCAGCGCGAUUUACAUUGACGUACAUCUCCUGGCUCUUCAGGUUUAAAGGACGUUUUAGCCUUGAACAAAGAUAACAGUAGAAUCAACUUAUAGCCUCACUUAUUCUUGGUAUCGUACGGUUCGUAUUUUCUUGAAAGGUCGUUCUAAUUAAAAAAACGUAAAUACCCAGUCGUAUUGUCUUCUGUACCUGUACCCAUCUUUUUAAAGGUGUUAGUCUUGUAGCUCCAAUUUAUGAUGAUU